UUUUCUCGGACAGGGACUCCUCUGGGGGCGUGACAGCAAGGAUAAAUAGUAGCAAGAAAAAUAAGAUAACAAAUGAGGUUGUGUGGAAAACAUUUGUAUGCUUUAAAGAAGGGCAUACGGAUGAUCAACGGAAUAAACAAGCAAAAGGUGAUCAACGGACAAGGGAAAGAACACGUGGUGAAGUUAGAACUGGUUGUAAGUCAAAGAUUUCACUUGUCAAGAAACAAACUGGAUCUGCAUGGGUUGUCACUAAUUUCACGGAAGGUCAUAAUCAUCCAUUAUCAACUCCUUCAAAGGUGCAUUUGCUACGCUCACAUCGUCAUGUUUCAGCAGCAAAAAAAAUAUUGACUCAACGGUUUUCAGAGGCCAAUGUGCCAACUUGUCAACAAAUGCGAUUAUUGGAGAUAGAAUAUGGAGGGCCCGAGCAAGUAGGUUUUACAGAAAGAGAUAUUAGAAAUUUUGAGAAAGAGCUAAGGGAUGAACAAAAGGGUAUCGAUGCUGAAACACUACUUGAGCUAUUUGCAUCUGAGAAAGAGAAAAAUCCAGCUUUUUUCUUUGAAUACCAGACUGAUUCAGAUAACAAAUUCAGUAGAUGUUUUUGGGUCGAUCAUGUAUCAAGAACGACAUAUAGUGUAUUCGGUGAUGUGGUUGUAUUUCAUACAACAUAUAACACCAACAAAUGUGGGUUGAUUUUUCCACCAUUUGUAGGAGUGAAUUAUCAUCACCAGACAAUUAUAGUUGGUUGUGACUUUAUAAGUGAUGAAAAAACUGAAUCUUUUGUAUGACUGCUUAACAAGUUCAUAGAAGCCAUGCCUAAAGGUGCACCAAAUGUGAUUAUCACUGAUCAUGUUCCUGCUAUGACAAAAGUCAUUGCCCAAGUUUUCCCUCAAACAGUGCAUAGAUAUUGUUUGUGGCACAUAUUGAACAAAUUUUCAGAAAAAUUGCAUCCUUUGACUUUUCGUGACUACUAUCAAAGUAUAAAUAAUGUUAUUAGAAAUUCUACAACACCUGAUGAAUUUGAGCAUUCAUGGGAAGAGGUUAUCAAGUGUGCUAACUUAGAGAAAAAUGAUUGGUUAUUUUUGAUGUAUGAAUUGCGACAUAAGUGGGUGCCAGCUUAUUUUAGCCAUGUAUUUUGUGCUGGAAUGUCAAGUAGUCAGAGAUCUGAAGGCUCCCAUGCAUUUUUCAAGAGAUAUGUCUCAAAUAAAAAUUCAUUGAUGACAUUUAUCACCCGUUUCAAUAGGGCACUGAGACACCAAAGACACAAUGAGUUAGUUGCAGAUCAUAUUGAUAUGAAUGAGCAUCCUACGAUUAAGACAAACUGGCCAAUGGAAACUCAAAUGGUUAAGUUGUAUACGAAAAAGAAAUGGGUGGAGUUUCAAAUUGAAAUGAGUGAGAGUCAUGGUUAUUAUGUUCAACAAGUAUCUAUGGGACUUGACUCAGUGGUUUAUCAUGUGAUGAAUUUUCAAAGUAGUUCUUCCUCUAAACCAAGGGUACUCAUGCAUGACAAACAGAGGGAUAACAUAUCCUGUAGCUGUAGAAAAUUUGAGUUUGAUGGCAUUCCAUGCAGGCAUAUGUUAGCUUUUUUUCGUAUCAACCAAGUGUUUCAUUUGUCUGAUAAGUAUAUACUCAAACGAUGGACACGAGAUGCAAAGGUUGGAGCAAUAUAUGCUUUGGGGGUGCAAAAUUUUAUUGAUGAUCCAGAUAGGAUUUUGAUGUCAAGGCACUCAAGGUUAUCUUAUAAAGCUUCAGUAUUAAUUGAUGAUGCAUCUUUGACUGAUGAGGGGAUAAACUUCUUGGAUGAACAAUUGGAUUGUAUUUACAAUAAGAUUAAAGAGAUGAACAUUGGUAAAACAUGUGACAAUAGAGGUCAAAGGAAGAAAUCUAUGGAUGAGUCCCCUAAUAUUAUUGAUCCUUCUUUAGUAAGAACAAAGGGAUGUGGGAAGAGAUUGAAAUCAUCAAAGGAGAAGUCAACCUCAAAGUCCCGGUUAUGUCGUGGAUGUGGCCAUCGAGGUGUGUCACAUGACAAGCGCAAUUGUCCUAUGUUACAACAAGGGUAUGUGUCGAUUAAUUCUCCAUUUGUAUGAUAAUAUUAUUUGCAAAUCAAUAUCUUUUAUUAAAUGUGUACAUUUGACAUGGUAUAGAUUGUCAGAUCAAAUUUGGAUAAUCAUCACAACAGUGAUGAUGACACAUAUGAAGAAGAAUUAGCAUCUAUAGCAGGCAAGUACUAUCAAAUUUUAAUUUAAAAUUAGUGGUUGAUUCAUUGAGAUAUUAAAAUUAAUAAUUGUAUUUAUUAUUGUAGGUUCUAACAAUAUUCGUUAGCAAAUAAUUUGAUGGGGGAAUAUUAUGUUGGUGAUGCAGAAACAACCUUGUGUUGGUGAUGCAGAAACAGAAACUUUGAGCUGGCUGUUUUGAACUCUUUAAUCAUUUUUAUACCUAUUGUGAACUAUUGUCAUGUUUUUCACAUUUGAGUAGGCUAUUGUGAACUCUUUGCAAAUUGGAUGUUGAUUGUAUGAAAUUUGGGUGUUGCUAUUUAAAUUUUUUGCUUGGUCUGUGUUUGUGAAGUUAGGGAAGAUAAAACUUAUUAGCAAGCUGACAAAGGUAAGUUUGAUAAAAACAAAAACAAGAAAAUUUACUUCUUGUUGAGGUAUUGCUUUUGACUGUUAAUGUGAUUCAAUUCCCUCUUUUAGUUGUAUGUAUAUAGUUGUGGUCUUGUGUUUUAAUUGUUUUAUAGACAAAGGGAGUGAAUUAUCUUCAUCGCUGCAACCCUCCGAUCGUCCAUCGUGAUUUGAAGUCAUCAAAUUUGUUGGUGGACAAGAAUUGGACUGUCAAGGUAAUAUCAGUAUUCCUUAGAAGUAUUUGGUCUUUAAAUUUCUCUCGCCUUAAGAUAGAAUGAUUUAACAUGUCUUAUAUAUUUCAUUAAAUUAGGAUUCCUUUUUCCCCUUUUGAAAUAUAACAGCGAAGGGGCACAUUCUGAUGAAGUCAUGAAACUCAAAAGAGUGUUUUUAAGUUGGCAUGCUCCUGCUAGAUAAAAUUGGUUUCUGGCCACUUGAUUUCCUUUCAUGAUGCAUAAUUAAUGAAAAAUUGUGAUUAUUAUUAUUAUUAGCAUUCUUUUUUUUUUCUCUUAGACAUGUUCACUAAAGUCUGAACCUUUGAGUGAUAAAUACCAUCAAGGAGAUUGAAGCUAUUUAUUUUGUUCAUUAUUCUGGUUUAAGCAAUCGUUUCCCCCCUGAAUCCCUUUUGAAAGAGUACCACCAAGCCUCUAGGAGAAAAGCCAGUUCCAUAUCAGAGGAUGGAAACAACUCACCUGCUGCUUUGCGAGAAUCAAACAAUCUCAAGAUGACUGCCCUCAGAUCAAUAAUCAAGUGUGUGGAGAGUUGCAACCUUGAGUCGAGGUUCAACACCAGUGAGCUGAAAAGGAGGCUUGCAAAAUUGGAGAAAGCCAAGGUAGAUAGGAAGAAGCCUGCAGUUUCAAAGAAAUUUCGGAGCAAGAGAUCUGUGCCAAGAGAUCUGUCUCAACCAGAUUCCACCUACUGCGGCUCAAUGGCAUUAUAUGGAUGAUGACAUUGUUAGACGAGUCUGUUUACUUCACCUACUUCAGUGACUGAGUCUGUUUACUUACAGUAGUUGUCAUACAUGUUACAUGGUUGCAGUAUUUCUGAUGUACGAGGUCUUGCUGAAGUGAAUGAUUUAUAAUGGCAGGGAAACAAAUGUUCAUAAAUAGCUUAGUGGUAUUGCAGUACUAGACUUUAUAAAAUUAUUUUUUAAUU